AAAUAAAUAAAUAGAGGAGCAAGUUCUCAACCUCUCCCCUUUUCAUCGAAGUUUCGGACUUCGGAGUCAUUUUCUUUUCGUUGCAUUUCGCUGCAUUUCGCUGCUUUUUUCUUUUUUUCUCUCCUUCCAACCGGCAACAGCCCCCACCCUUGAUCAUCCCCCGUCCCUUCGCUCCCUUUCCUUCCCACUCAAAUGCCGCUUAGGGUGAACAAGAUCUCGUGCAAUGCUCGUAGCUUCGAAUGGAAGAUCGGAACAUACAUCCUUGUAGGAUAUAAUUAUUGAGCUCGGACGCGAUUGAUCCACCAGUUGAUGCUUCUCUCCCAAUUCUGGCGCCAUUUCUCCAAUGGACUCGAUCUGGAGUCACAAUGGCGUGCCUGACGCUUGGCACUUCUUCAUUGCUAUCUACUUUGCCUUUGGUUUUGUUGCAGCUAGGUUCUUCUUGGACACCUUCAUCUAUCGCAGGCUGGCUAUUUGGUUGUUAAAUGAUGGUGUUUCUCCAGUAAAGAUUAAUGAAGCUAAGCGGGCAAAGAUUGUAAAGUGUUCAGAGUCUAUGUGGAAGCUAACAUACUAUGCUACUGUCCAAGCAUGUGUUCUUAUGAUUAUCUACCAUGAACCCUGGUUCAGGGACACAAAAGAAUAUUUCAGAGGCUGGCCAAAUCAAGAGCUUAAAUUCCCCUUGAAGCUUUUAUACAUGUGCCAAUGCGGGUUCUACCUCUACAGCAUUGCAGCCCUUCUUACAUGGGAGACUCGAAGAAAGGAUUUCAGUAUAAUGAUGUCUCAUCAUAUAAUUACUGUUAUCCUGAUUGGGUACUCAUAUCUUACAAGGUUUUUCCGUAUUGGAUCAAUCAUUCUUGCCUUGCAUGAUGCAAGUGACGUGUUUCUGGAAGCUGCUAAAGUAUUCAAAUAUUCUGAAAAGGAGCUUGCAGCUAGCUUGUGCUUUGGAUUCUUUGCCAUCUCAUGGCUCAUACUACGGCUAAUAUUUUUUCCAUUUUGGGUGAUCAGGACUUCAAGCUAUGAUGUACGUGAAUUCUUGGAUCUCUCAGAGGGUUACCAAAAGUCAUUGUACUAUGUUUUCAAUACAAUGCUAUUGGUGUUAUUCAUCUUCCACAUAUACUGGUGGAUUCUCAUAUGCUCAAUGAUCUUGAGACAACUGAAAAAUAGAGGAAAAGUAGGAGAAGAUAUCCGAUCAGAUUCAGAGGAUGAAAAAUAAGUGAAAGAGCUUUUGAUCAAAUUGUUCUGCUGGUGUAGAUGUUAGUCUUCAACAGAUAAUUUCAUCUGGUUCAUGGUCCAAAUAUGUUUUCAAUUGGUUUUCACCGGUGAAAUUAAUUGGGACCAUCAAGUAUUUUUUGGCUUGAUCACCUUUGUGUAUAUUAGGUUUUUCUUUGUAUAAUUCUCUCUCUGGACAGUUAAUGUUUUGAGAUGAUUCUUUGCAUGAAAAAUGUAAGUGCUGUAACAAUCUCUCUUUUCAACUUCUACUUCCUACUAGUCUUUUUUAAUGGGAAGGACAAUACAUUCCAAUGAUACUGGGCUGUAUUAAGAAUAGAGGAUGUAUUUGUUUUCUGAUCA